AUGGACAUUCCGCCCUUCCCGGACGAUGCCCCUACCAUCCCUAUUGCCCGCAUCUCGUAUGCGGCCCUUCUCGCAGGCGACACGGUGGAAAGUCAGAAAGUACUGACGGCAUGCACGACUGAUGGCUUCUUCUACCUAGACAUGACAGAAAACGCGAGCGGCCAAGAGUUACUGGAUGAUGCAGGUCAGCUCCAUAGUCUGUCAAAGGGGCUCUUCGACGCGCCCGUCGAUGAGAAGAUGCGGUAUCUCAACGACAGAGGCAAGUCGCUGUUCGGAUACAAGCCGACUGGGGCAGUGGCCAAAGACCACCUCCACAACAUCACCUCGAGCCGCACCUAUCCCCCCGAAAUGACUACCUCCCAACCACUCUGCCGGAGUUUUACGCAGAACGCCCACGUCUGCGCACAGGUCAUUAUGCGGACGCUUGCGCGCCAGCUCCACCUCGAAGAUGAGGACACUUUCGCGCGGCGGGCGGACUUCAAGGCUCCCUCAGGGGACCAUUUGCGACUAACCAAAAAGUCGCUAAAUCCCAAGGAUAACGAUGGCCACACGAUCGGGCUAGCAUCGCACACCGACUUUGGGUUAGUGACGGUCCUCUUCAACUGGCUUGGCGGGCUCCAGAUCCAGAGCCUCCAGCCGGAAAAUGCUGGGCAGUGGUGCUUCGUGAAGCCGCUUCCGGGUCACGCAAUUAUCAAUCUUGGCGAUGCAAUGGUCAAAUUCACGAACGGGACGCUGAAGUCAGCCAAGCAUCGCGUAGUUCCUGCCCCUGGGUUACAGGCGACGGUGGAUCGGUACAGCGUGGUGUACUUCUCGCGACCGGCAGAUGAGGCGAUUAUGGAGGUGCUUCCACCUUUCUUGGGAGACGGGACGGUGCAAAUUGGGGGGAAGUUGGGCGAAGAGGGGAAGAGAUACACGACUCGGGAGUGGAUGGUGCGACGACUGGUGCAAAUGGGGCAUUGA